AUGACGAGUUCCUUAACCACGGCAUCUUUGAUUGGUAUGUAUGUGGGCAAGAGUUUGAAGAUAUUAACCAUAGUUACAGCCCAACAAGGUGCCGUUGUCCGUGCAGAUGUCCACAUGGAUGCUUCCGGCCGUCCAAAGGGAUCUGGUAUUGUUGCCUUUGAAAGUCCCGAUGAUGCCCGCAAUGCCAUCCAGCAGUUCAACGGAUAUGAAUGGCAGGGCCGUCCACUCGAAGUCCGUGAAGAUCGUUACGCCGGCUCUGCUGGCUUCCCUGGCCGUGGGGGUUUUGGUGGUUUUGGCGGUCGCGGUGGAUUCGGUGGUCGAGGCGGCGGCUUUGGGGCCCGUGGGGGUUUCGGAGGCUAUGGAGGCGCAGGUGGUAGAGGAGGAUUUGGUGGCGCAGGCUUCUCUGGACCUGGAAGUGCACACGAUGGUACAGCCGCUGCAUCCAUUCCUGCUAACCCAUUUACCGAUUAUGCCACCUAUGGUGGAGAGAGAGGUGUCUCGAUAUAUGUCCGCAACCUUCCAUGGUCAACCUGUAACGAGGACCUUGUGGAACUAUUCUCUACCAUCGGAAAAGUCGAGCGCGCCGAAAUUCAGUAUGAGCCUAACGGCCGCUCCCGUGGUACCGGUGUCGUCCAAUUUGACACCGCAGACAAUGCUGAAACCGCAAUCAGCAAGUUCACCGGUUAUCAAUACGGCGGUCGUCCUCUUGGCCUGUCCUUCGUCAAGUAUGUCAAUCCAGGACAGAGCCAGGGCCCGGUCCCAGGUCAAGCAACUACCGACCUCAACGGCUCUGGUGAAGCUGCUCCUAUUACCCAGGAUCAGAUCAUGUAA